ACAAGCAACCGACCGUGUUUUGAAACGAUAUAUAUUUUGACACAAAGCAACACUGAUGGUUAUUGUAUUUGAAUGUGUGAAAGGGAAACUAAUGCUCUGCUUUUUCUUUAUUUCUUUAUUUUUUUAAUGAAUUAAUUCCAGUGAAACUGAAGUUAUACAGAACACAAGUUUCUUCAUUUCAUUCCGAGGCUGCAUUUCUUUGAAGCUUUUUUUCUGUCCCGAGUUUGGCCCAGGCGUGAAUGUGUGGACUGGUGGUGUGAACAGGAGGAAGUGACAUUGCAAUUCAACGCCGAGGCAGAGGCGGGGUGUACGCGACCCAGCAGACCAGUUCGUCUGGGAGCAGAAGCGCCUCGGUGCUGCUCUGUAUUCAGCGGAGUACAUUUCUUUCUGUGAAGUUUGGGUUGCUGGAGCAAGUUGUUUUUUAAAGCACAUAGGACAUGCUAAACUCGACGUUUAAUGGUUUGUAGAGAGUUCAAAUGCUACUGGGAGAAAGGCUGUAAGCAGGAAAUGGCCCAGAAGCCAUAUUCGGAAAUAGCUUUGCAGCUUUAGAAGAAAGAAAAGAAAGGACGGAGCCCCUGACACGGAGUGGCUGUUUGUACAGAGGGACGAGGGCUUUAUUGAACGGGUUUCAAUAGACGCCACUUUUAAAUGUGAAAGGCAUCCAGACAGGCAACCAUGGAUGAUCUUGCGCGUCCCAGCGCGGAGAUUCAGAGAAGAAACCCACAGCAAGAUUUCGAGCUGAUUCAACGAGUUGGGAGCGGCACCUACGGGGAUGUGUACAAGGUGUGUGAGUGUUUAUUUCAACGGGGUUGCCUGCUUCCAAGCCUUGCUGUAUAUAAUGAUACACACAGCCUGGUUGCACUAUCGACUGAUCGAGAUGGACUGGAGUUACUUAAUGUGCAUCACCUGAUUCUGAUUCUCUUCCAGAUGGGCGCAUGUUUCUCGAAGGUAUUUGAUGGCUGCCCAUUGAAGAUUAACUGUGCAACAUCAUGGAUACACCCAGAUACUAAAGACCAGUACCUAAUCUUCGGUACGGAAGACGGCAUUUACACACUGAACUUGAACGAGCUUCACGAAGCCACCAUGGAGCAGCUGUUCCCUAGAAGAUGUACCUGGCUGUAUGUCAUCAACAAUAAUUUAAUGUCUUUGUCAGAAGGAAAAACCUUCCAGUUGUAUUCCCACAACCUCAUCGGCCUGUUUGACCAGCUCAAGAAGCCCGGUCUGGCAGCACAGUUUCAGACGCACCGAUUCCCUGAUAAGAUACUCCCCAGGAGGUUUGCCUUAACAACAAAGAUCCCUGACACCAAGGGCUGCCACAAGUGCUGCAUUGUGAGGAACCCGUACACAGGGCACAAGUACCUGUGUGGAGCGCUGCAAUCUGGCAUCGUCCUGCUCCAGUGGUAUGAGCCCAUGCAGAAAUUCAUGCUGAUCAAGCACUUUGACUUCCCCCUACCCAACCCGCUCAAGGUGUUUGAGAUGCUGGUGGUGCCGGAGCAGGAGUACCCCAUGGUGUGUGUGGCCAUUAACAAGGGCUCCGAGCCGGGCCAGGAGGUGCGCUUCGAGACCAUCAACCUCAACUCUUCCUCCUCCUGGUUCACAGAGAUCGGUUCAGGAGGAAAUCAGGUCAAUGCCAUCCAUGUGACCCAGCUGGAGAGGGACACAGUGCUUGUCUGCUUGGACAAGAAUUUAAAAAUUGUCAAUCUCCAGGGAAAACUGAAGUCCAGUAAAAAGCUGGCGUCCGAACUGAGCUUUGAUUUCUGCAUCGGAUCUGUCGUGUGCCUUCAGGACAGUGUAUUGGCCUUCUGGAAACACGGAAUGCAGGGGAAGAGCUUCAAGUCAAAUGAGGUUACCCAGGAGAUUUCAGAUCAAAGCCGAGUCUUCCGUCUGCUAGGAUCUGACAGAGUUGUUGUAUUGGAGAGCCGCCCCACUGAUCACCCCACGGCACAGAGCAAUCUCUACAUCUUGGCCGGACAUGAGAACAGCUACUGAGCGUAGAGCCCUGCCCUGCCAGGAGGCAGAGAGACAUCAAUCUGCUUCCAGCUCGGGAGGGAGUGACGCAGGACAGCGGGCUGCUCGCCAUCCCUACUGCUUUAAAAUGUCCGUUGGCUCAUUGAGUUUGCAGCAGUUGGGAGCAGAUAGCUGUCUGGGGAAGAGAUGGGGCGCUGGGAACAGAUCACUGUCAGAAUCUGUGCAAUAAAGCCAGAUGUGUCGCUGUCUCUGUAGAGAGUCUACCACACAGCAUCAGCCCUACAUUCCCCUUUGGAUCAGAGCGAGGACUGUGCAGGGAGACAGAGGGGACGGACUUGACAAAGCGUUCUGUACUGCAGACAGCUACUCGUAUAGAAGAAAACCGCUUGCCACUGUGUGGUCAAUCAAAUCUGAUGGCUUCAUGCAAAGCUGUUAAGAUGUAGAAAUCUGAGACAGUUAAUUACAAAAAAGCACAGCAGCAAUGGCAAUAAAAAAUAACAUAUAAUAUUACACACACACACACAGUAUAUAUAUUUAUGCGCAUAUACUUGUUCAGUAAAGUGCCAUUAAGAAUUGUACGUGCUAGUUCCUCUUUGCUCUAGCUUGUAAACUGCUGUUACUUCAGAUAUUGGGUAAUGGGAUAGAUGCCUUGUUUCAUGUGAUAUAAUACAAUAUCAUUUUAGUGUUGUUUUAAGGGAGGGGGGAGGGCAUGUCAUUCUUUAGCAUACCAGUAUGAAGACUAGUGCAUUCAAAUAGAUAAAACUCCAGAGCAUUUUGUAAAGUGGAAUAUUAAACCCUUAUUUAUGAAUGUGCCAGUAGGAGGGUAUAGCUAUUGUGACUCUAGUUCUCUUAACCAUGGACAGACCCUGCAGUUUAGCAGGGGCAAGCUAUAACUUGGAUAUAUUAUGUUAAAUGUUUAACAGAUUUUUUUUUUUUUUUUUUUGGAAAAGCUGUUAAUUUUAUUCCAUGUUUGCACCAUGUAAGUAAGCACUUUUGUACCUCUGCCUUUUUUUUUUUUUUUUUUUUU